AUGCCUUCGACUAAUGGCGUCCUCUCCCCGGCCGCCCAGCGCCGCAUCGACCACCACGAGGCCGACGUCGUGAUUGUAGGCGCAGGAAUUCUUGGCUGCGCACUUGCCGUCGCGCUAGGAAGACAAGGACGCAGCGUGAUAUUGUUGGAAAAGUCACUGGAGGAGCCCAAUCGCAUUGUUGGUGAACUUCUCCAGCCGGGAGGCUUGCAGGCGCUUGAGAAGCUAGGACUGGCGGAUUGUCUGGAGGGGAUUGAUGGGAUAGACGUGAAGGGAUACUGGAUAUCUUAUUUCGGACAACCCGUUCUCCUCGAGUACCCCAAGUCGAGUCCCUCGUCGCCAACCCCCCUGGGCCGCGCUUUCCACCACGGCCGAUUCGUGAACAAACUUCGGCAAGCCGCUUUGUCCUGUCCCAACGUCACCGUUGUCGAGACCAAGGUGACCGGCUUGGUCACCUCAUCACACACCAAUGAAGUUCUAGGAGUCGAGUCCGUCACCAAGGACCUGAAGGACUGCUACUUCGCUCAGCUUACCGUCGCCGCCGAUGGCUAUGCCUCUGAUUUCCGCAAAAAACACCACCAAUACACACCUAAGCGUCGGUCAAAGUUCUACGGGCUGGAGCUCAUCGAUGCCGAUCUUCCCUGUCCUAAUACGGGCCACGUCCUCCUUAGCGAUAACCCUCCAAUCCUCAUGUACCAGAUCGGAACCCAUGAAACCCGAAUCCUAGUCGAUGUUCCGGACAAUCUUCCUGCGGCUUCUGUGAAGAACGGCGGAGUCAAGGGCUAUUUCCGGAAGAACAUCUUGCCCAAGCUUCCGGAGGGCUGUCAGGCUUCAUUUUUGGAUGCUUUGGAGAACGGUCAGCUUCGGUCAAUGCCGAACUCAUUUCUUCCUGCCUCAACCAAUAAGACACCCGGGUUCAUGAUUCUGGGUGAUGCGCUGAACAUGCGUCACCCCUUGACUGGUGGUGGUAUGACCGUGGCUCUCAAUGAUGUCUGUGUCAUCCGCGAGUUGCUCAGUCCGGAGUGCGUGCCUAGCUUCUCCGACACGGAACUCGUGCUGAAGCAGCUUUCAAUCUUCCACUGGAAGCGAAAGAACUCUUCCUCUGUCAUCAACAUUCUUGCGCAGGCUCUCUACUCUAUCUUCGCUGCAGAGGAUCGAAGCAUGCAAUCGCUUCAACGUGGCUGUUUCCGUUACUUCCUCGUCGGCCCCGUCAGUGGUCCCGUAGGUCUGCUGGCUGGUCUGAUUCAGCAACCUCUCGUCCUUGUCAGCCACUUCUUCUCUGUUGCCUUCCUCUCGAUCUGGAUUCUCUUCCGCGAGACUCCCCUGCUAGAGCUGAUCAUGUUCCCCUGGCAUGCCAUCAUGAUUCUCUACACGGCCUGUAUAGUUAUCAUGCCCUACAUCUGGACCGAGGUCUGGUACUAA